AUGGAAGGAUUGGCAAUGCAGAGAUGGGUCGUGGAUAAGUUGCUCAAGAAGGAGUCCUGGUACAAGGAAAACAAGAGUUUCAACAUCUUCAUGAACCGGUACUCUUAUGCCACCGACCAUGCCAUUUCAAUGCACACCGAUGCGUCCAAAUAUUAUGAUGAGAUUGAUCCGAUCACAUCGCUUUCAAUGGUCCUGGGAUCAUUUCUUUUGAUCCAAGCGAAGCAGGCUAAAAAACGAGGCAACAAGCCGAGGUGGUGUUUGGUUGUUUACCAGCCGCCUUGCUCCAUGCUGAUCAUGGCUGGGAAGUUUCAAUCGCAGUUCGAGCAUGCAGUGCCUGCUUGGUUGGACAUGAAGGAGAUUGCCCAUGCGGAACAAAAUGCUGAGUUUCAAUUGACACGCGGUGGGCAGCAAGAGAAUCUCAGACUCCUGUUUGUUGGGCAGGCGAAACAACAGAUGAAGGAUGAAAUUGAGAGACUGGAGAGUCUCAAUUUGAACGAGACUCACAGGUGGAAUGUGACGGUGAGGUGGAUAAGACGCCAUAACGAGGACUGUCCAUGUCGUGGGAAAAAAGUUGAACUAGUCGGACCUGAGAUGCUGAAACCACCUGGAAAGGCAAGGACGCAUGAGGGAUCUGCGGGGUCGAGUGCCAAGUUACCUUGGGAUGCCAAGGCAGCAGCACACCAGAGACAAGAGUUUAAUAAAGGCAGGCCAGGAAGUGAUGUGCGGAAAGAAAAUGAUGGUGAGAGGCCAAGUUUAUUUGCAGAGCCAGCUUUGGUUGCCACGCUGGAAAUGGCGAUUGACAUGAUCACUGUGGAACCAUGGCCGCUUUUUUCUGCUUCCUUCUGUGGAGACUCCGGUGUGAGGAGACUGGUCCUAGAAAUGGUUGAGAAGAACAAAAUGUAUCCUCAGCAGAGUUUAAGCGUGCAGCGGAAGAUCGUGGAGAAGUUGCGCAAGUUGAGGAGACAGGCUUUGCUUUUGGACUUGCUUUGGUUGUCGACAGAGGGACCUAGUUUUGUCGCUGCGAUCGACCAAGUGGCUGUCGAAGUUCCAGGCAAAGAUCCAAAGCAUUUGACAGUGGUUCAGAUGUCUUUUCGUAUGUUCAAGGUACUCCUGGAUGAGCACCCCAUUGAUGAAGACUGCCUCCAAGAACAUGGUCUCGUGUGCUUGGACUUUUCUGGUCUGCGUGACGAUGUUUUGAGCCAAAGCGCGAAAGAUAAAAAAUGGGAUUGGAUGACUUUGCAGGGAAAAUAUUGCAUCGAGUCAUUCACAGCCUAUGUGUUUGAUGAUUCUGCACCGUCGGAUAGCAUCAGUAUCAGGACCAAACUGACUUUUCUGCAACAGCCUUUGCGUGAUGUGGUCCGGAUGGCUGAGUCUGGGUCAGGGCCAGAAGAGUCCCUGACAAGUGCUAUGCGGUUGGAGAAGUGGUUCGAUCUUUAUUUGGAUCAGAUCUGGACACAUGAAAGCUCCCAACGGGCUAUGUCACCAGACGGUCGGUUGAUUUUGUGGAUGAUACCUCUGCAAACGAGACUCACCUACCUCGGCUCUAAAAGAGCGAAAACAACAUGA